CUGCGACUGCUGUAGUUCUCUCGCGAACGCUGCUGGUAAGCUCGAACGGCCAUAUUUUCUUUCACUUCGGUUAAAAAUAAAAUGCCAUUUCACGCGAAUUCGUCGUAACGGGCGUGUGGAGCGGAGUGCGUAAUUGUGCGAAGAAAGAAAGUGUCGUCGAGCUGCUCGGCAAGGGAUUGCUAAUUGCCUCGCUCAUCAGCGUGUAAUAAACGUCGCCUUUUGUGGAGCAGCAGCAACAGCAGCAGACACGCCAGUUUCUCCUACUACUGUGUAAGCAGGAUCGUUAGUGCUUUCGUCGGCGCACCACUGUUAACUAGCAUUUUCCAGCAUAUUUGCGAAAAAAAAAACAUUUUCAUCGUAGCAGCCAGUUCGAUAUACUCACAGAAGGAAGGUGUGUUCCCCUUUCGUGGUGCCCGGCGGAUAGAGACGACAGUGGCGAGCGAGCCAGUGCAAUUGCAAUUGUGCAUUAGUGCGAAAGAGCGAACGAGAGAGAGAGAGAGAAAGUGAAAAGUCUGAAACGGCCCUUAUAAAAAAGAACGUGUGUGUGUGUAUUCUGUAUGUGCUUGUGUGUUCGGUCAGAGUGUAACUACUGUUCGAGACGGAUCUUUUACCGUCUCUGGCAGCAGCAGCAGCCAAGUUAAUACAAUCGUUAACCGGACCGCGAGGUGUGAGGUGCAGUGGACCAACAACACAACGUGGUGUGUGUGUGUGUGUGAAUAGCUAGAAGUUGGCAGUCGUUGUAGUUGCUAUCAGGUAGCGCAGCAGCAGCACCAAUCAAUCCUCAGCACAAUGGCGUGCGCAACGUUAAAACGUUCGCUGGACUGGGAAAGCCUCAACCAGCGGCCGACAAAGCGGCGAAGAUGUCACCCAUUCGGCAGCCCCAGCCAGACCGCGUCUGCCUCCUCCUCCUCCGCUUCCCCGUCCGGCUCAUCCUCCACAUCCGUUGCAGCGGCCGCUGCCGCCGCGUCGAUGCGCGUCAUGGAACCGAAACCGUCGCCUUUUGCAGAAGCCACCUGUUCCAAGCUAACACCAGAAAAAAUGGCACAAAAUAUCACGGAGGAAAUCAAAAGACUGCACCGCAGGAAGCAACUCACCUUCAACAGCCACAACUUCGAACGCAUGCAGGACUCGGAAUCGAGCGGCUCCGAAAUGGGCCCGGACAGUCCCCGCCGACCAGACAGCCCUCCUAGCAUGGUGAAAAAUCCGGAAAAAGCCCUGUUCACCUUCAAGCAGGUGCAAAUGAUCUGUGAACGUAUGCUGAAAGAACGAGAGGAUGCCUUGCGGGAGCAGUAUGAUGCCGUGCUGACCACUAAACUAGCCGAACAAUAUGAUGCAUUUGUGAAGUUCACAUACGACCAAAUACAGAGACGUUACGAAGCAGCGCCAAGUUACCUCUCCUAAUCAGGGAUAUUAUGGAAAAUAUGAGAUGCGAAAGCAUACCAGAGAACAAGAGAACAGAGAGUGAAGAAGAGGAAGAAAAACAGAAACAGAUACUAAAACAUUAAUAAUAAAGUAGAUGCAUACACGAACACGCCCACAACAUUGCACAGCCACAAUGCUACCGAAGCAGAAGUUACGUGCGUGGGAGUAUACUAGCAUAAGGUUACAGCAGCUCUUCAGCAGCAGCAGCAGCAUCAUCAUGCUACAAAAAGGCGCCAGGGCAAGCAGAUGAUGAUGAUAUCCUGAACCAGAAACCGAAUCUGCAUCGUCGUUAGCAGCGCGAAGCGACAGAACAAGAAAAGAAAUUGAACGCAUCUCAAUCACUACAAAACAAGUAAGAAAUUCCUCCAACAAAAUGGUUCACUAGAGCAGCAAGCAACUCAAGGGUGGUGGUGGGUGCCGAGGGGAAGGUGAGGCAUGAAACUUGGCCUCACGAAACUCACGGAUGUUGUUGGCUCCGCUGCAGGAUUUCGGACUGGAAGGACGAACUUCUAUAUCCUCAACGCAUCCUAAAUGCCAAGGGAAUUAAUCAGCGCAAAUCGUAUAGCUUUUUCACCUAGCGGGAGAGAAUGAUAUGCGUGAUUUCCAGGAUUUUGUUUUCUGCUUCCUGUGCGGAACAUGUUUUACAUUUCUCUCAUAUUUUUCAUUUAAGUUCUUUUUUUUUGUACGUAUUGAAAUCGAUUCUUUCUCUCGUGUGUAUGUGUGUGUGUGCGCUGCCUUACGCAAAAGUGAAAAGCGAUAGAUGGGUGGGCUACAGAGAAGAAGGAACACUGUUGCAAUUAGCUCUUGAAAUUUGCUGUCAUUAAAAAUACGUUGGAAAAAGGGUGUAAUGUUGCUUCAAUCAAUUACUAUCACUUUGUUUAUUAGAUAAAAUUUCUGCUGGUUGUAGUUUUUCUUUGCUAUGAAGUGAACAGGUUCUUUUUUUAAAUACUUCAGUUAUUGGUUCUCCUGUUUUUCGGCUUGCCUAUCAUCCGGCAAGUAGUUGAUUGGGUGUGAACCUUGUUUUCUGUCCGGUCUUGAUAUGUUUAAAAGCAAUUUGUUGAAAAUCCAACUUUAGGCAGUAAUUUAGUUCAAUUUUCGGUUGAAACUUUUUUCUUAUUAUUAUUUUUUUUGCUAUAAUCGUCUGUUACACACUCGUCUAGAGCAAUAAUCGCUACGGAGCGAUGAAAGCAUUCUCAAUAAUUUAUUAAGUAAGCAACCAUACUCUGUCGCGGACGCGCAAUCGUGUGUUCUACAAUCAGCUUAAAAAUGCCUUUCUUCACAUUGUUCAUCCUGACGGAGACGUAAGGUUCUGCCCGGCUAGUUGGUAGAGAAAAUGAUACUUUCAUACGGUUAAGCUUAGCACGUAAGACGGCGGAGGUGCGUGCGCGCCAGCUUCUCUACGAUCCUACACGGUUGAUGAUAAAAUGGAGUGUUUGGCAAAUGUUCUCUUUUAUUUUGAUUAUCAUUGGAUUAUCGGAUUGGAUUUAGCAUUAGUUGUGUCUAAAAUUAAAGCUUAGGUCAUAGUAAAAUCUAAUUUCUACGCAUAAAAGUUGGCAAAAGUCAUGGGGAGGAAUGCGAAGGGGAUUGUUCAACCAAUAAUUUAAUCUUUCUUUGGUUCUUUAAUGGUGUUGAAAUAUUACAGCCUUUCUCUUCUAUUGGAGAUACAGGUUACUAUAUUCGGACCCGCUAAGCAGCACACUGCUGAUCGAUGCCUUUUGUCUGCUCAUGCCAGUCGGCAGAGCGAUCGGGCUCGGGGUUGGGAAAUGUGCGACUACUACCAAUUUUGUCAUCUAACCGUACAGUUUUUGGUACUUUUUUUGUUGGCUGUCAUCAAUGCAGUAACAGCAGAGGAGGAGGGAUCGUCAUGUGUGCACAUGUGCGAAGAAAUGACACAACAAGUAAGCAUAACUAAGGGAAAACUUCAACUUACACACAUAAGGAGGAGGAGGGAAAAAAUCCGCAUAGUACGCUAAGUAAGAGAGAAUACACAACAACGUUAACUGAUAAGUCGUUUAUAUACACGAAUAUAUGUUUUAUAUAAAAGAAGAAAAAAAGUGAAACACGCACGCACGCGAGUAAAAGAAGGAAGACAAGGUGAGAGUAGUCGGGAAGUUAGUUGAAUAAGUCAUCAAAAGUUGUAAAGCCAGAGUAAAGAAGGGAAUGAUUGCAUGAAAAAAUGAGCUAAACUGAACUGAGAAAACUAAAAAAAAAAGAAAAGAGAAAUGUUUAGGGACAAACCCGUAUCGAAAUCAAUACCGAAACCCUUAUUCAUAAAAGGCAGAACUUAAGUACAGCAAACAGCAGCAGCAGCAGCAGCAGCAGCAAAAGCAGCAGCAAUUAAUAUACUAUUACCUACUAUUGCAAACUACUAUUGCUAAUUACUAUUAACUAUUACUACUGCUACUACAACCUAUUGCUAGAGUGUACACUUGCCGUGAAGUGCAUUUUUUGCCUGGCAGGAGUGUAGCGCAUAGCAUUUCCUUUUUCCCCCUUUUGUUUUUCGAAUGUUAACCAAACAAUCUGAAUUAUUUUGAUUUUAUUGUCUUAGUUUAUACCUUUUUUUUUCUCCGAGAAAUCGCAGAAAUUUGGCAAAAAUCGCAACAAAAAAGGCAUCCAAUUGAUUUGCAUACAAAAUUCCCUUACAAAGUCGCUUGUGCAGAUGCAGUUGUUGUAGGAAAUAGGAGAGAGAAGAAAACAAAAUCGAAACAAAAUACCCAACAAAACCACACCCCAUUUAAAUAAACAAGGAAACAUUAAUCAACAAUCAAUAGUAAAUCUGGAAGGCGUGAGUGGAUAAGUGCAACAAGAUUAAAACACCACUAUACAAACCGAACAACAGGAACAUAUAAUAGGCAUAAACGAAACUAUCGAAUAGCAAAAAGAAUUGGAAAGGUGGAAGGAGGAGGAGGAAGAGGAAGUGGACGUGUAGAUCGUGUGCUGUGCUGCUGCUACACUUCCGGGAGGAAGAAUUCUGACGAUGGCGACUAAAAUUGAGUGGGCCAAACGCUCUGUGGAGGAGGGGUGAUGCGGUGCGGUGCGCUGCGUGCUUGGCGGAGGGAUGAUAUCAAAGAUGUAGCAUAACAAAGACGUAAUAAGCUCUUAGUGCUCUAGUGUUGCCAUAAUUAGUAGUAUGUACAACAAAGUGUCUCCGCUCUGGCCCCGCUAUCCCCUUUACAACAACACCCCUCGAACAGUUUUUAUAUAUUUUUCGCACACACACACUCACUAGCAAUAGAGCAACGAGCACGCGCGCGGCCUGUGGUGAUAGCUCGAGAGAAAAUGGUGCGUGUGGUGUUCUGUUGUGGUUCGAUGCAUCGGAAGCAUGCCCGGUAAAGAAAGGCUUGCAGAAGAGAAGACUCCGUUACGACCCGAUACAAUAUGAUAUGUUAUUUAUCUGAAGCAAUGCGCGGGGAUGGUGGUUGUGAAACCGUUUCAUUUCCUCCACCCGCCCAAGAACGAUCUCCUCGUCAGUCGAUGAUUCGGUUACAUACGAUACGAAGCAUUAAUGACAGCGCGAGUCUCCGUGUUCUUCGUGUACGAGAACAAUGCACAAAAGUAAUAAAUAAACUGGAGAGAUUCAAUACUACACCACGAACCACAAACAUAAUCGAAAUUUAGAACGGAAAGAAUUUAGUAAAGCGAACAUGCUCUAAACUAUCUUACACUUGAAAACGGCAUAAUAGAACACUAAACCAUAGCAAAAGAAGCAACCCAUACACAAACGGUUAAACACGAACUACUAUAUUGUAUUCACUCUCUUUGGCAAACAUUUUAGGACAAGCGAUUUAUUUGUAUGACUUGGUAUUGGGUGAUACAUGCAAAACAAGCAAGCAAAAAGUCAGCACAGAGUCAGAGAAAAUGGAAAAUAAAUGAAAAGAAAAAGAUAUCUGCAGCAGAGAACGGUGGCGAAAUCCCGGGAAAGGAAGGCAAAGCUGAUUAAAUCGGAGCGAUCAACUAGACGAUUGUAAGACACGAGAGAACACGCGCUAUCGUACGCGAGGAUAGAUAUAUAGAUAUCUUCUAAGGACCGUUAGGGAACCACGAUUUGUGAGAGGAAGAACCGGGAAGAAACUAUGCUAUGGCAUGCAUGAGCAAGACGUUGUGCAGGAUGAAUAAUGUAACCGUGGUAGUAAGAGACAUUUGCAAAGGAAAAGCGAAAUACUGCGGUAGCAUAUAGCAGAUAUAAGCAGCGAUUACAAUUUAAGCAAACUAACAGAAAAAAGAAGAAACAACACACCAUAAGCAAAUAAAAUAUGUGAAGCAAAACACACACACACAACACCCUCUUUUACUACAAAGGGGGCGCGAAAUGAA